AUGAUUAUCCUCAAACUGUAUCUAGUUCUGUUAAUAUGCAUAAAUUUGAAAUGGGUGACUAGUCAAGAAAAUUCAAACAUUUUUGUGAAUCGAUGGAUUGAAGAUAUUGAUGACUCAGGUAUUACCAUUGUUAAUUUAUUGGAAAUUGAAGUAUUAAAUUUCAUCGUUACAAUGUUCAAAUUCUGAGUUUUGGGUCCGAAUUUUAAAAAUUUUCAAAUUAAGAUCAUUUUUAUCAAAAAAAGUACAGAAACGUUUCAUACAGAAUAGAAAAGGGGGAAAACAGUGCAACUUUCAGUGUCAACAACAUUCUGUGCACAUGAUGGUUAUUUGAAUCAAACUUGUCAAUGUACUACUGAUUAUUCUGGAUCAAAUUGUCUCACGCGACAGUGUCGAAAUUUUGGUGUUGAUGGAAAAUCUUUUUUGAGAAAGGAUAGAUGUAUUUGUCCUCCAGGAUUUUUAGGAAAAAAUUGUGAACCCGGUUAGUUAUUUUUUGAAAAAUUUCGUGUAUCUUCAAAUUAAACUUAUUGCUUCAGUUCGAUGCGUUGAUGGGAAUAAUGCAGUGUUUCAACAAAGCGGGAAAACCGUAGCUCUUUUGGCAACACCAAAUCGGGACAUGACUCAAUCUUGGACAAAUUAUAACCCAAUUGAACUUAUUUGUAAUUACACAAGUUAUACAAGAAUUUUCAGUUUUUCAGGAAUUCAGAGAAAAGUGGUAAGUAUAUUGCCAACAAUAGGUAUGUUAUAUACAUUCAAAAACACGUUUUGCAGGAUCCUGAAGAAGGAAAUGCAUGUAAUCCAAAAUAUUCUGAAGAUCCAUGUGAUAAUUCUAUAUGUCAACCUCUCGAACUUGCAUCCUUGAGAGAUUUGGUUACUGCGGUGCCGCCAAAUACAAUAGUAAGUUUGAGUAGAUUUUCCAUACAAUUUCAAACAAUUAGGACAUUACGACUUAAGUCUUUCAUUCACUUUCUGUGUUUUAUUUCUUGUAGUGGUGACAAAAUUUUGAUAAUUCGGUGGUUUCCUCAAAACAUUUGGAAAUAAUUUUUGAAAAUUAACAUUUUUGAAAUAGGUAGGAAUCAAUAUUUUUUGUGAUUUCAAAAAAAAAAUGACCCGGAUCCUUUAACAAGUGAAACACAAUAAAAUUUUUUCAAGAUUUUCGUUGUUUCCAAUCAAAAACUCGAUUCGACUGAUGACGAAGUUUUACAAGUGAUAAUUGCUUCUGCGAUUGCAAAACGUGUUCAAAUCAACGUCGUUUUAUAUGAAACGAUUACGGAUAUUGACUCUCUUAAUUUUCUGCGCAACAUUGCAACAUCAACUCUCGGAAGUUUUGUCAAAAAAGGAUAUGAACCAGAAGAUGCUGAAAUUAGUCAAGGAUACCAAGUUAUCCAAGCUUUGCUGCAAAACUUUGAUAAUGAUAUACGACCAGCUGCUCUUGGACUCAAUGCUAAUCUUCCUUUUCAACCAAACUCCGAUGUUUAUAUCAGUGGUCAAACUGAUUAUGAACAAUGUAACAAAAUUCAUGUUUGUCUUUUUUAACACCAAAUAUCAAUUUCAGCUUUAACAAUCAUCAGUUCUUCAAAUCAAGCCGUUGAGGUUGUUUUAAGUACAACAUUUUGGAAAUUGUAUAGGUAAAAUUAUUAAGAAGGAAAAACUUUGAAACAUGAAAUUAUUCAGAAUCAAUGCAUCUUCUUUGAGUUUUAUUAGUGUGUCUGGACAAUCUGCAGGAUCCCAAGUUAUCAUUUCGACAAAAGACAGAUUGAAUGUAUAUUCAGCAUUUACAACAGAUAAAACGUAUGGAACUUUGGAAGCUGCAUUCCCAACAACAAUUGCUGGUAUGUAUUCAUAGAAAUAGCUAGGAAUUGAAAAAAAAAUAUGAAAUUUAGAAAAUUGAAAUUAAUAACAAACACACUUUUUUUUCAGGCUUGCAGGGGCAUGUUAUUUAACGACAAAACAUUGAUUCAUUUUUUUACAGGAAGUUCGUACCCUUUGGUAUCACGUUUUGAAUAUAACGGAACUGUUAUUGGAAAUUACAAUGAUAUUCGAUUGUACAAAGGUUUACUGGAUUCUUCAUUAUUAAAUAUCAGCAAUGCGUUUGCCUACCGGUCUGGUUGCCAAUUCAAUUUCAAAACCGAUGCAACUUGUCAAAAGUCAGAUAUACAAUUUUUAUAUGUAGGUUCAUUUUUAGUCACGAUAUGUAAUUAGCGUUAUAAUACAAUUCUGAAAACACAUGUUGAAAUCAAACCAAUAACAUUAUUCACACAGGUGCUCUCAUCUUCUAACAAGCCUGGUAUCGUUCCAGUUUAUUGUCUUGAUAAAGAUAUUGGAAUAUCCACUUACAAUUCAUUUUUAUCAACUCCAAACGCUGCUAGCGAUUUUUCGAUUCAUCAAUCUUAUGUUGACGGUAAAAAAUAAAAACAUUUUCGAAAUAGCAAUAAUAUGUAUUUCAGAUGCAAUUUGUAGUGCGGAACCGGCAGUGAAUGCAUAUGGUAAACACAGUUUCGUUAUCAUCAGUCCUAAUUUAAAGGAUAAGGAAAACAGUAAUUUGUAAGCUAUUUAUUACGUUAGUAGAACAAUUUCUAUGUUUUGCUAAUUUUUCAGAUCAUCAGUCGAUAAUUUAUACCGCAAUCCAAAUAGUUUAUUCUAUCAAUUAUAUUCUUAUCUAAAAGCGACAAAUCCAAAUCAAUAUUCAAAUUAUAUUGGCGCACUCUAUAGUUCAAACCAAAUCAAUAAUCUCACUGUAGAGAAUACAUAUGAAUAUUUCUUGACAAGGAUUAUGAAUUUCGCAAGUACUUCUCCAGACUAUGUUUCAGGAGCAACACCAAUUGAUAUUAUUCAGCAUAUAACAAGCACAUUGGAAAAUAUUAAUUUGAAGCCAUUUUCUGGUAAGUGUAAUUGUUUUUAUUAUAGUUUCAAACAUCAGGUGUUCAUUUUUUACAGAUGUUUUCGUGAUUCUCGAUUCUCCAUUCAACAAUACAACUGAUAAAUCAACAUUAUUGACUCAAAUUCAAUCAAAAAGAAUCAGAGUCAGUUUCAUAGUUCAUAGUUGUAUUUGAUUAUUUUUUUCAGCUCUAUAUUCUGUAUGUUCAAACUUAUUCUUCGUUGGAAGACGAGGAUUAUAUAUUUUUGAAUGAUCUUGUUAUUCGAAGUUCAGGUGGAAUAUUAUCCGUUUUGAAUUCAUACGAUGAUGUGAAACAGGUUAGUUGUCCUGCAUUUUCAUUAUUAUGAUUCUCAGAGGUUUGCAGUUUUUUACCAUGUACACGAAUUAUUUGGUUGACAAUGAUUUGAUUUUGAGUGGAUUUUCAAAAACACCAAGAGCGGGAAUAAGUUUGAAUGAUGCAAAUCUUGUGAGAGGAAAUUCAUAUCUUCUUCUUGUCACAAAUAGAAACCCGACUAUUUUGAGCAGCGGUUCAGUUAAUGGUAAAUAUCAAACCAUAAUUAUGAAAAUAUGAUUUUAUUUACAGUAACUGUGAGUUCCAUUGGUCCAAGUGCUAUUCCAGUAACAUCUUUGAAUAAUUUUGGAGGUAUUCAACUGUUUUCCCUUGACAUUAUUGCAACAGGAAGUUAUAAUAUUUCAAUUCUUGGAUAUUCACAAUUGGUAAUUACAUUGAACGAACGUUAAAAUUGAUUUUCAAUAUUUUUCAGUCAAAUGCUAUCAUUUUGGAGCUCAUGACAUCUCAAAAUUAUAUUGGUUUGACAUUUGCAAACAAUCAAAACCAACUCAACAAUAGUAUUGGAUUUAACCGUGAGUACAACAGUUUAUUUUAUCUUACAAUUAUUUUAUUAUUUUUCCAGUCGGCGCAUUUCAACCAUUAAUCUACAGUUCUUUUGAUGUCACAUUGGCAAACUCAAAAGUUCUUAUCACUCAAACAACCGAUGCUAAUCCAUCUGUAUUGGUUUAUAAUGGGCCUGUUAUCAAUCAAACUACCUGUGAUUCAUCUGAAUUAUACAAUUAUGCAACAAACUUCAAAUGGGUUUGUAGCCAAGCUGGUGGUCUUUAUCGUGUAAAAAUUGAUCUUGUUGGUACAAUUGGAACAAUUACUAGAACAUUCCCAUUGACAUGUGCAACUUCAACAUCAUCAAAAUGUUUGAAUGAUGGAACAUUCUCUGAUGUUGAUAUGGUAUGUUAUAAAUUCUGUCAACAGUAUAUAUUGCUUCUUAAAAUUGUUAAAUAUAAUUGAUAUUCUAAAGUUUUUCAAAAUAAUUGAACAUUUUUCCAGAAAUGUGUUUGUGCUUUGGGUUGGAGUGGAGAUAUUUGUGAAUUCCCAGUUUGUUUGAACGGUGGAUCUCAAACUACAGGAAAUACUUGUCAAUGUUCUCCUGGUUUUAGUGGUUCACACUGUGAAACUUGUUAGUGAAUUUCUAUUUAUUUUAGAAAAAAACAUGUUUUGGAACUAAAAUUGCAUGAUUUUCAGCGACAUCAACAUGUUCGAAUUCUCCAUCUUCUCCGGAUUUCCGUUCUGAUUUAUCAUCUCUGAUAAUUGUUGCAGAAACAAAUGCACUUAAAGAUGUUUAUUUGAGUAAUGGUGUUGAUCUUCUUGGAAUUCCUAUAACUGUUGUCACAUGUGAGUGCAUUCAAUAGUUUAAUUUUAACGUAUUUUGUUCAGACAGUGGAUCACAAGCAAGCGUGGUUUUGACAACUACCGAUGGAAACUUGCUAUCUUCUGUAUUGAAUAAAAAUGAGAACGCAGACGAAAUUAUAGUGGCAAAUACAGCUGAUAAUUUUAAUAACGCUCUAAAUGUUGCACUCGAUGCUCAAAUAACGGAUAGAAGCUUGUUGGUAGUCAUUAGUUCUCAAACUGAUUUACAAGUUGACACAAAUACUCUUAUUCGAUUAGCCGCAAAGCGAUCAGAAAUUCGAUUCAUUACAACUACCGAUGUCACUGAUUCAUUAACAACGUUCUCUUUGAUUGGAAAUUCUAUUCCAAUUACAAUCAAGACAGCUGAUAAAUUGACCGCGGUAAGAUACAAUGUCAUGUCAGAUAAAUUCAAGAACAUUUUUCAGUUUUUCGAAAAUUAUAUUGUUGCAAUUUUUAAUGGAUUGAAUUCACAAAAAGUAUUCAACGUCUAUGAAACAGAUUUUAUGAAUGUCGCUAAAGAUGUUACUAUUCCUGCUGAUUCAACUGAUGGUAGCACUGAUAAUAUUGUUUUACUUCAAGUGUUCAAUGGAAGUUGGAAAGCUGGUUAGCAAAUUUUUGAUUUUUAUUAAUAUUCAAUUUAUUUUUAAAGCCACCAAAACGGCAGUUCAAUUCAACAGUGGCUCAUACAAUCUAUAUGUUUUUAAAGAUGUCGGAACCAGUGAGUUUUUGUAUUCGCUCUUUUGUGAACUAUGUUUUAAAUAUUUCAGGUGAGGAUUUCACAUUAACUUUGAGAAUUACCAGUGGUGCUGAUAAACUUUAUUAUUCUAUUGAGAGAAUCAAUUAUCUUAACGUGAGUAAUUAUGAAAACCAACUUUUUCGAAAUUGAUUUUGUAGACUGCUUAUGGAUUCAGUCAAACUACAGAUGGAACAGAUGAGCAAUUGAUUAUUGGCGCUCGCAAUAGUCAAAACAACGUACUCUCUAUUUAUUCAGCUCCUUCCCCUUCAACUCUGCCAUCAGCAAAUCCACAAGAAUUGCCCUAUCUUGAAAUUCGUGAAAUUAUAGGCAAUGGCAGUCUUGAUGCGGUUCAAACUGUUUUAUUCACCAGAAAACCAACUGGAUGUUUAUAUACACAUUUUUCGUCAUUGAAUAUUUGUCAAAAAUCUGGCGUCUUGGGAUAUCAAGUUAGAGUAAGCUUACAAUAAUUGUUCAUUUCUUCUACCUUUUUAAUAAUCAAAUUAUAAUAUUCAUUAUUUUCAGUUAAACACAAGAAACAGUCGUCUCGUUACUAAACAGCAACAGUUUAUUUUGACGUGUCAUAACACAAGUAAUUUUUAAUUAUUGUGUUGCAGUAUAGUGAAUAAUUUUUCCAGAAUAUUCAAAUGGUGAUACAUCGUGUGGUGGAAAUGGAUCACCAAACUCAAUUUGUUCUUGUGAUUCAGGUUUCAGAGGAAUAGAUUGUAAAGAGCCCAUUUGUGUCAACGACGGAGUUCGUGAUGUGUCAGUUUGUCGUUGUCCUGUACCAUAUUUUGGUCAACGUUGUGAAACAGCUGGUAAGUACAAACUAAUUAUUUCCAAUCUCGAAUUUCAUCAAAUAGUAAUACAAUUACUUAUAACAAACCUAUUUUUAAGCAUUUCCGUGUAAAAUAUUAUUAAUAUAUAUUUUUCACAUUUGAUAUAGAUUGAACACUUAAAUUUAAUUAAUUCAUAGAAAUCCUUUUUAUUUAUGUGAAUUUGAAAAUUGAAGACCUAAACAAUCAAUUUUCAUUUCAGAAUACACAAAUCAAAGAGCUGUUGCAUUUGUUCUAGAUUUGGUGGGCGCUGAUGAUUAUGCAUACAAUGAGACAAUUGUGAGUUUUUAAAUAAAUAUCUGAUAAUAAUGAUUUGUUCAGAAUACCGUUAAAGCAUAUUUCAAAGCUAAUACUGAUGAUUUAUAUAUAAUGCUUAUUGCAAACGUUGAACCGACUAAAUUCGAUUUCAAAAAAUUGUCUGAAGAUGAUUUGAAUGUGUUGCUUGAGCAAUUUUAUGUUCAAAGAAGUGCAUCAGCUACAGCUAAUUUGACCGAGUAAGGGUUUUAGAAAAUCGAUAUGGUCUUGUAAAAAUGAUAUUUCAGCGCAUUGAAUCAAGUGUCGUUAAGUUCUUUACCAAAUGGAACAUUAGUCAGUGCAAAUAUUUUCUAUCUUACUCAAGUUGGGUAUGUUUAUAUUGUGAAAAAAAUAUGUAAAUAAAAAAAACACAUUCCAGCCUUGAUCCAACAGACAAUCCAACUACCGUUAUUCCAUCAUUAGGCGCAUUCAAAACAAGGUAACUCAAUAACAUAUAUAAUAGACUAUAAAAUUUCAAUUCAGUGCUGUGAUUUACUCACCAUAUGGAACUACUGCUGAUUCUUCAAUAAGCAAUUCACUGAAACCAUUCACCAGUCAGACACAAAAUAAUAACAAUUAUUUUGACGCAACAAAAUAUUUGAUAAGUGUCACUGACUCCAAUCAAUAUUUCAUCGCUCCAACAGAUCGUGAGUUUUUGUUUUGAAUGAAUUAUGAAUAUUUAUAUAUAUUUUUUAGCCGGCCGCACAUGUGCUUAUGCUCUUCAAGCAAAUAUAAUUGUGAUAUUAGAUUUAUCAAAUACCACAACACCUGGGGUUGAUGAUAAGGUUUCAUUUUUUCAAAUAUAGUUUAUCUAUAACCUGGAAUUGAACAUUUUUACAGAAGACUGAAAUUCUAACAAUUCUUCGAGAUAAAUUCAACUAUAUUAACAACGAUGUUGAUCGAUGCAGUUCUUCAAAUCAUACUACUCCCCCUUUUUAUAAAGGUAAUUAUUUCGAAAUUACUCACCUCAAAACUUUUUUUUUUCUUCCAGAACGUUCAUUAUUUUCCGUCGCCUAUCUGUGGGAUAACGGUUUUUUGACUGGUAAUUUCUGCCCAUCCAAUUAUGACUCAAUCUGGCAGACGAAUAAUAAGGGAACAAACUCCACUCCAAAAUUCAGUGAUAGGUUAGUGUUGUCAAUCUCAAAACAAGUAAUUUUUUGAAGAAAUUUCUCACAUCAGAAUUUUGCAGAACUUUGAAUGCAAUCAAAUUACUUACAGACAACUGCCUCGUAUCAACAAUUUCAUAAACAACGCUGCAAACUGUACUUGUCCUCGCUCUACUGAUGAUAACACUACGAAAUUCCUAAUUUGGAUGCCAAGAGCCAGGUAUUUUUUAAACACACGAAGAAGGUAGUUCUAAUGUUCAAUUUUUCUCAGCACUGAAACAUCGGAAAAUCGAAUCUCAAAUAUGACUUACAAAUUCGAAAAUUCUGCGCAAUUUGUGAUUCCAUUUUAUAACAUUGAUGCAACUGCUGAAAGUACUGAUUUGUAUUACAAUCUUGUUAAACAAAGUAAACUUGGCACUCAAAUUGCAACCGAUUAUAUUCUUCCAAAUGCAGUGACAAAAACUGCUCAAUAUAUUGUGAGCAAAUUAGAACAAAAGAUGUGCCUGUGAGUGAUUCAAAAACAUUUUUAUAUAACAAAAACAAUAAGCUAUUUCAGAUUGGCUAAGAUACCUGGAUCAAUAUAA